AUGGGCUUUGUCUGGGUCCUAGCCGUGCCUCUCCUUUUUUUCUGCGGGAAGCCUGGAGUCACUACCAGCUCUGCAGGCCUGGGCAGCGGCAGUUCAGCUCUUUUGAUGACAACCAACAACACAGAAGUGCCUGCCUUUACUCAGAGGGACAGGACCAGCGCAGAGGAGGCUUUCCAGACCACUCCCCUGACUCAGGAUGUUCCUCUAGACGCUUUAACUCUGAGCACUGAAACUGCUUCUAGUAUCUUAACUGCAACCAGUACCAGUCCAGAAGUCAAUUCCAGGGACACCCAGACCAUCUCUCCUGUAACAGAGACUGGGAAGACACAGACUACCUCCACUGCAACCACCUCCCCUACAGCAUCAACCCUGGAUAUUCAGACCACCUCCCCUACAGCAUCAACCCUAGAUAUUCAGACCACCUCCCCUACAACAUCAAUCCUGGAUAUUCAGACCACCUUCCCUACAACAUCCACCCUAGAUAUUCAGACCACCUCCCCUACAGCAUCAACCCUGGAUAUUCAGACCACCUCCCCUACAACAUCAAUCCUGGAUAUUCAGACCACCUCCCCUACAACAUCCACCCUAGAUGUUCAGACCACCUCCCCUACAGCAUCAACCCUAGAUAUUCAGACCACCUCCCCUACAACAUCAACCCUGGAUAUUCAGACCUCCUCCCCUACAGCAUCAACCCUGGAUAUUCAGACCACCUCCCCGGCAGCAUCCACCCUGGAUACCCAGACCACUUUCCCUGCAACAGAGGCCCUAGAGAACCAGACUAUUUUCCCUGUUGAUUUGACCCUAAAAACUCAGACUGUUUCCUCUAUAACAGAGACCAGAACUCUCGCAAUAAGAAUACCUUCCAACUUCAUGGUUGUACAUCCCAUCCUUACAGACACUUCGACUACACGGGGCAGUCCCAGAACUGGAAUGAGCACUGUCAAGACUGGCACAUUGAGUGAUCCCAUAGGAGCCACCAUUGACACCCUUUGUAUUGAUGACAGCUCAGAAGAGGCAAGGAAGAUCACAAUUGAUCUCUUAACGUUGGCUCACACCUCCACAGAAGCUGAACACCUGUCCUCAGAGAGCAGCUCCUCCUCAGACAGCUCAGCUGGGGUCCUCACCAGCUCACAGGUCCUGGGAUCCAACAUUGCAACUCCAGCCAAGGACUUGGUUGCUUUCAGCAUCACCCAUAUUAAGCUCACCACCUGCAUCACAGAAAUAGAAACAUCUGUCAUCACCUCAAACACAAACAACAGCCCUACAGGAGCGACAGCCGUGUCCACUUCUGAGACACUCACUUUGCCUCAAUCCUCUGAGGCAAAACCUCUUAGCCCCAAGACCACAAGUUCACCUGGGACCCCGUCAACAGCUGGUACCUCAACCCUUGCCACCACCCUUGAGGGCGUGCCUGUUAUUAGUAGCGUCACAGAAAGAGAAACAACAGAGGCCCAGACUCCUACCUCCGGAGUCACUUCAGUGAUAGUUAGUACGAACCCACUCAAAGAGACCUCAACACUGUCUACAGCAACACAAAGGCACACUGAAGUCUUGGGAACAACUACCGUCCCCAGGGCUACUGGGUCAACAACGGGAGAAGCAACCUCCUUCACUAGUUCCUCAACUUCAGACAACAGCCCCUCAGCGGGGGUCACCACCAAGAGCUCUACUACCUCAGAGACUUUAACCAGCAGCUCCUUAGCCAAGACCACGACCUCACCAAAGACCCCAAUGGAGCUCCUAAAGUCUACACCCACUGCUGCUUGGGCAAGGACCACAAAACACGAUCCAGGUGAAGAUGGAGGCUUCCUCCUUGUACGGCUGAGUGUGACCUCCCCUGAGGACCUCACUGAGCCCAAAGCCAUAGAGAAGCUGAUGGACCAGCUCAGCUGUGAACUGCGUGCACACACACCACUUGUCCAAGUGUCCUUACUGAGCGUCAGAAGGGGCUGA